GGCGGCCUGGAUCGACAACGCCAGCCGAGUUCGUUCAUGAAGUGCCAACAUUUCUCCAAUGUAGAUAUUUCUUGGUGAAUGGAAGGAUGAAGACGUUUCCCCUUUGCCCUGAUGGCUCUGAAAAGCACUCCUUGAAAGAAAGAUAGCUCUAUCGAUGUCCAGCACCUGAUCUUGAAUGGAAUGGCUGGAAUGGAUACUUGUGUACGGUCCAACCUGCCGAGAAUCGGUAUUUUUGGAACAGGAUGGACUGCUCGAAUGUUAGUUCCCAUUUUAGUUGAUAAUGGAUUUCAAGUUACCGCUAUUUGUGGCAGGAAGAAGGAGGCUGCUGGACGAGUUGGAAAUGAUCUUAACAUUCCCUUUAGAACAAUUAGUUUCCAGGAGUUUCUGUUGGCUUCAGAAGUGGAUUUAGUUUGCAUAGUGUCGCCCCCUCAUACACAUGCAGAGAUGGCUGUCAAGGCCUUGUCAGCUGGAAAGCAUGUCUUCUGCUCAUUUCCCAUGGCUCUAACGCAAAGUGAAGCGGAGAAGAUGGUCACUGCAGCACGGUACUAUCCCAGCUUACUUGCCAUGUGCCCAAAUCCACUUCGGCACCUUCCCGCAUUUGUCAAAAUGAAGGAGAUGAUCUCGCAGGGAUUCUGUGGCAAGCUGAUGGUGUGCGAAGUGGUCGUAAGACGAGGGCCAUUGGUACAUCCCAAGGGCUUCACGUGGAUAUGUGAUCAAACAAUGGGUGGUGGUAUACUGAGCACUGUGGGCAGCCAUGUUAUCGAUAUUCUGAUGUACCUGACGUCGGAGAGAAUACGAGAAGUUAAUGGUCAAGUCCGAACGCUAGUCAGACAACUGCCCGGUAAGGUUGAGGGAUUCCGUUCGAUUGAUAGUGACGACUUCACCACAUUUACACUGUGCGGUGACAGUGGGCUUCACGCAACAGUGACUUUAAAUAGCCAUGUGCCAAACCAGUUCAGCCAGGAGAUGCUGAUGAUCGGUGAGCGCGGCCGUCUGAUUGUGCGCGGAUCAGAGCUGUUUGCGCAGGCAAGCAAUGAGCAAAGGGAGCGUCUGAUUGUGCGUGAUGACAGCCCUGGUGGCGCGCAGUGUAGUUCAGGUGAUGAUCUCGGUAUGCCCUCUUUGCUUUUGCGCGGCACCGAGCAAGCUGUUGCUCUGAUGCGCCGAGGGUUUGAAGCAUCGCCGGCGCGCAUGCAAGCUGAUCGAAGUAUGGUAGCCACAUGCUCGACGUUUGAAGACGGUCUGUUUGUCAAUGCCGUCAUAGAUGCAGUCAAUGACUCCAGUGCAUCCGGCCGCUUGCAGCAGAUAGUGGUUGGCGGGAAGGAGAGCCAGCGUAAUCCAUUCUGGACAUCGAAUGGGGGUGAUGGUGAUCGUGGAUCUCCAAUGCCUAGUAGUAAGUCAGCGCUUAGUUGAGGCUAGCUUCCAAGAUUAGUCUAGGCUCGUCUUCUCGGACUGUUGUUUUCUACAAAAUAUCAAAUAUAUUCUAUAUUCCUGUUACCUGAUAUUCUUCUUGGUUGGCUGGGGACACUCCACUCCUCACCCUAGGACUCCCAGCCAGGUUAUGGUUCUGUCUGUCAUGCUUGAUUGUGCUUCGUUUAGGUCACAUAUGCUACUGCAAAUUCCACUACGCUCCCAAUGCUAAUGCGUACAUAUAUUAUUAUUAUUAUUAUGUCUUUUUGUCACACUUGGUACUUGGUGUUUGGAGCGCAUGAAAUUUUUAUGUAGGGAAGCCCGUGUAUGCCGUUCUGUGCAUCUUGGCUUCCCAGUAUGUUCUUGUUCCUUUUUUAAAGUGUGGAUUAAGAACUAACUCGCCCGAACGAGAGGUUAUUUUCUAUUCCCAGUAUUCCUUGUCUUCUCUUCUCCUGUUUGAUCAGUACUCAGCUUAUCCUUGACGCUCAUAGUUGUGCUUUUUGUUUUGUCUGUGGAAAUUCUUAUAAUUUCAAAUCAGCUUUAUCAGCAGUCUUAGGCACACAUCAUUAUCGCAUUGUUGUUGACGAAAAAAGUAUAAUAAAAAAAAACCUUCACUGUGUUGCUCUG